AUGAGCAUCGCACGCCCGGCAAGAUGUCUGUUUUGCAGCUUGUCGCGAACUGUGUACGUGAGCGUUCGCGUGCCACGACGACAAUUCCACGCGGCACCUAUCUAUUUCAACAAGCCGAAAUCGAAACAGCCUAGUAUUGCACACGGCAAAACCCUCGAAGAGAUCGAAGAAAGCGUGACACCGACUGACUUCAAGCCAUACACCGAGGAGGAAAAGGAACUCCUGUCGAAGGAAUACACCAAGGACCAAGUUGCUGCAAUCCUGGCUGGAGAAGAAGCCAUCGAUCCCAAGGACUUGGCUUCACAGUUUGGUAUUCGGCGCGAUCCGAUGAAGCUGUACUACCUCGAUGACUUUUCUACGAUCGAGCCCGGUGUCGACAAGCACGUGCGAGCGCCGGAAUCCAACUCUGACUUCAAUGCUACCCUGAAAACAGAAGACGACUUUGCGGACGACUUUGCCAAGUUCUUCGCGGAAAUGCCUGAGAAUGCUACGGCCGCUGACUGGGUCCGUUUUACCGAGAACCUGCGCUUGACCAAGGGAAAGGAGGAGAAUGAGCGAAACCCGUCCAGCUUCCUAGUGCCAGAGCUGUUUCAAAACGGAGAGACUCUCACCCACGGCCCUGUCGUCAAUGAGUCGGAGGAUGGAAAACCUGCAGACAAGAAGUCUGAUCAGCCGACCGAGGAGAUUACCGACGCGCUGAAAAAGCUGAUGCAAUCGACGGGAUACUCUACGAUCCAGAUUAAGGGCUUCAAAAUCAAGACGCUCGUUUCCCACUCCGUCGUUAACCAAACCCGUCUCGGUAAAGUGCGCCGACAGUACUGCCUUUCUAUCGCUGGUAACGGAAAUGGACUUUUGGGUAUUGGAGAGGCCAAGUCCGAGGAGGUUGCAGAUGCAAUCAUACAGUCCAAAUACCGAGCCAUUCGAAACAUGCAGCCAAUUCUGCGAUAUGAAAACCGAACCAUUUUUGGAGACGUCCAAGGAAAGGUGGGAGCUGUUGAACUGAAGCUCAUGAACCGUCCUCCUGGCUUCGGUCUACGCUGCCAACAUCUCAUCUACGAGAUGGCUCGCGCCAGCGGUAUCCACGACCUGGCUGCCCGUGUUGACCGGUCACGCAACCCGAUGAACACUGUCAAGGCCGUCUACGAGGCUUUGAUGAGCCAAAAAGAUCCAGAGGAUAUCGCUCGUGCGCGCAACAGGAAGUUGGUGGAUGUACGAAAGGUCUACUAUGCCGGUAGAGUAUAA